AUGCACGACCGCCCGACCGGCCUACAGGCGGACGAUAACGGCGUGUCCGCCGCUUGCGUAUUGGAAUGGAACUUUUUUGCGAGUAGGAUCAACAGCGUCUUGAGUCUCAUGCGCGCACACCGAGACCUGAACAUGCCCCUGGACCUCCGUUACAUCGCAGAUGGACUUACGAUUGAAAGGGCGUACAGAUCGCUCGUUAGCGGUAGACUGGCCAUUCAGGGACAAGCCCUGGCCAGCGAAGCGCACCAGAACCACGACUUAGCCUUUCGCCAUUCUGUCGAUAAGGGCAUGCGCGUGCUUCAAGGGCUCCUUCAACGGGGGAUCGACCUUCCGCGAUGGGGUAGUCUCACGAACGAUCCUCCGCCGCCGUUCAUGAGCCUGCGCUCCCUCGCGGAGACAGAUCAGGAGGCCUGGCAAUACUUUUGGGCCGCCAGCGGUUUGGACGAGAACGGGAGCCAGUGGUGGAAGAAAACCGACGACCUGAAUAUCCAAAGCUACGACGCCGUCAAGUCUCUGGACGCAGCUCGAGCAUGGUUUCGGUUACAUGUGGGACAUCCGAUUGCGCCGUGCAUGACGACCCCCUUCUAA